GAAGUGAGCCACAACCACGCAGCAGGGCCAGCAUGUUGCUGGGGGCCUUCAAGGACUUGGGGAUAGCUGUGACCAGCUGGUUAUGCUCACGAGCUACCAGCGGGGAAACAACAGGAUGUUGGGUGGAAUGGAGAAGCCUGAUGAGCCGCCAAAAACCACGUGCCGAAAAAAUCUUGGAGCGCGCACUUCGGAACGACGAGUACAAGAACUUCAGGAAAGAGGAGCGCCACAGACUUGAGUUGAAGUUAAGAGGACGCACGUCAAAACCCCUGACACACGCACUGGAUAUUCGAAGGAGAACCAUGAAGUCUCCAAAACUGUCGCGCAAAGCCAAGCUGGUGGUGGACGUGGACGACCUAGACGAUGUGCUGUGCGAGUUUGACGCCGUCAUCGAGGACUUCACGUCCCCGAUGGAGAAGCGUCACUUUCGCUACGAUGAGCACCUGCGCAUCGCCAAGAGGCGGAGUAGCGCCAGCGUCAGCGACAGCGGCAUCAGCGACACCGAGAGCGCCGACUCGCUCAACAGAAAUAGCUUCAGCUUGAGUGACGAGAGGCUUCACUCGCCCACCGCCAUGUCUCCGGCGAGCGUCACCUCACCCUCGCCGUCACUGAUGUCACCAAAAGCCAAACUGGGUGACACCAAAGAACUGGAGGACUUCAUCGCCGACCUGGACAAGACAUUAGAGAGCAUGUAACGUGGGAGCCAUCUUGGAUCAUAGCCAUGAAAGAGAGACAGAGAAGGCGUCUGCAUCCCCCUCAAGCGAUCUCCCCCACCACCAAGCUGCACCUGCCCCCCCUUACUGAAACACACUCCAACAGGAUACAGUUGCUCAGUGGCUCCAGGUUGUCUUGCGGUCUAGAAGACGUUCGUCUAUUCCACGACACCUGGCGAGCGGCACCGAAAGGACUCAUCCGAAUUAGCAUCACAGUUGGAACACUUGCCGGUCAUGUGAACGUUUUUAAAUUGGGGGGGACUGGAUAUUUUAUACACACUGGAAUAUUAUUACUAUAACUAUAAUUAUGACUGUAUCGUUGUUUCAGUUCACUCCCGGAUGAAAAACUACAACGGGAAAGGGCUUUUUUGUAAAAGGAAUAUAUUUGUGAUUUUCUAAAGCUUCAUAUUGUAAAUGUAUGGCUCAUUUUUGUGAAAUAUAUUUUUGUACAACAUGUAAAUAAUUAAUAUUAAAUAGUAUAAUUACAUUGGUUAGAAGAAAGUUUAAAAAACUGGAAAGCAAUAUUAUGUAUUUAAUACAGCUAAUACCCGCCAGAGAUUAUAUUAAAGUAUGAUUCUUUAAA